UUUACAUUAAGCACCAGGAAAAUGAUAUUAGUAUUUUGUUAGCAGGGGCUGUUCGUGCCUUCAAUUGUAUGUCCCUGACGCAAAAGGUCCUUUGUCCUGACGCUCCUCGUGAUCGAAUCGCAUUUGCCAUGCUGUUUAUGAAAUAAAGAUGGACUGAGUAGAAUCUAUCACUACUUGAUCUCGAUUUUGGCACAAACCCGACCACGAAGUAGAUCCGAUAAAAGUGUUGAAUGAUCAACCAGUGGCGAGCGCGAUCAAAAGUCAAAGAUUCGGUAGCAGUAGAUCGCUGGAUCAGUCUUUUUCCACGUCGUGAAAAUCGACUCUAUAUAGCAAAGAUGCGUACGAGUUGUCAUCAAUAUUAGUGGCGAGGAUGUCAAAGCUCUAGCAUAUUAUUGGCUGUAUGUACGUCAACAUUUGGCAAAAGAAAUGUCACCGGGAACUACUUUGCUGAGCAGCCAGUUGUAAAUGUAAGUCUAGGUGGGACAUUGAUAGGUAUGGUAUGUGGUUUGUUUACGUUUAGGCGACAAUUACAUUUUCUGUAGUUCAACCGCACUUGUUUUCUCCGAUCUACCUUUCUACUAUCCCCACGGCCACCUUCAACGCCCCUCAUAGAUACUAUUUCCAGCGUCGUACUACGUACCCUGCCAAAAAACUGCUACCAAAAUGCCGGACGCCGACGACAUUCCGACGAUGAGCGCGUCCUCAUUGAAAAAACCGGGUUACGUGAUGAUCAAAGGCCAGCCCUGCAAGAUAGUGGAGCUGAACCAGAAACCCAAAGCGACGGUGAAGGGGAACGACAGACUACACAUAGUAGGCACCCACGUUUUCACGGGGAAAAAGUACGAAGACACACUGAACUUAACAGCCGGGUCCGCCUCGCAAGUCCAGGUAUAGGGGGAAACAUGUUCUUUUUCUCUCGCACAACAAGAGAAAGUCUUUUGCUUUUGCUUUGUACUCCCGUCGUGAGGACAAAAACAAUUUUGUGAACGCACGGUGUUGAAUGACGAUGACAGACAUGAUCGACGCUGCACCUCCGUGCAGCGUUUUUUUACAUGAUAAAUCAUCAGAACUGAUAGCUUAUUUAUUCGACGAUGAACAAGGGACAUUUAUCUACUUACACCUCCAGGUACCCGCCGUGACGAAAGAAGAGUACACCGUCAUGGACAUUUAUCGCAAAAAAAAACUGUUUCACUGUGAACUUGUGAUGCAGAAAAUGCAACACAGAACGACUUGUCUUGCUACACCUGCAAAGCGUUGGAUUUUCAAGAACGUUUUCCCUUGGGCGGAAGCGCGCAUGACAAAUUUUUAGUGUCAUGUGUAACAAACUUGUGAUGCGCAUUUUGCAAAAUCGUCACAGUGAAACACUUUUUUCGCGGGAUAACAUCGACGGGGAGAUCGUAUCCUGUCUGACCGUAUCAAAUGCAUAUAUGUCUGGGUCCUCUGGAUGAUUGCAACUUGUCAUGCUAAAUCUGGAUCAGGCAAAAAACUGUGUUGCAUGAUUGCCACGAGUUGUGCACUUUUGACCUAAUCGAGAGGCAGGCUCUCAUGCAGGAUAGGCAUUAGAAAGGUCUCGCAAAAUCUGUCAUGCUAUGUCCUACAUACCAGACCUCAUGGGUCAUGGAAAACCUGCAUGACAAGUCUGGCGAUCUUCCAGACCCAGACACUUUUGCAAUCCAUAGACCGCCAGCGGCGAGCCCAAGGACGACCUCAAUCUGCCGAAAAAUACCGAGACCGGGCUACCGGACGAGGUGGCGCAGGAAUUGCUGAAAAAGUUUGAGGCGGGCGAUGAGGUGAAAAUCGUCGCAAUAGGUAUUCUGGGUCAAGAAAAAAUCGUGGAGGUGCUUUAGCGGUACUAGCGACUGCAGCAGCCGUGUGGGUGGUCCUGAUUUGAGGAAAGGAUAAAGAAGCAAAAGAACCCUGCUGACCUUCACACGACACCCACACCAAACAAAGCGGAAUCUUGAAAUGCUGAAAGGCAAGUGGAGUAAACAAAACAACGCGACACAAUUUGCGCAAAAAGGAAGCAGAAACACCUUCUCGACUGCGAGACUUUCAGUCAAU